AUGUCUGGUUUCGAUUUAUCUAAACUUAAAUCUACAUCUGUUGUUGAUGAUGCUCAACUUUCUAACGAAGAGUUGGCUUUAAAGUGUCAGUGGGAGACUUUAUCGGCAAGUGGUGCACCUGACGAAUUUGCUACCCAAUUGAAUAACUACCUCAGAAAUAACACCUACAUCGUCGGAACCAAGCCUACUGCUGCUGAUUUUUCUAUUUUCAAAGCUAUUUAUGCUGCUGCCUCGAGCUGGGUUAAAACUCAAGAUGCUUCUAUCUUGGCACAGCAUAGACAUAUCUUGAGAUGGAUUGAUCUUAUUGAAAAUACCAUAUUAGAUCUUCAAAUACCGGCUGAUCAGAAAUUUAAACUAAACUUUGAUGCCGAACUUCCAAGAGAAAUUGUAGAGAAGAAGAAGAAGGUUAAGAAGGAAGAGUCUGAGUCUGAGUCUAAGUCUAAUAAGGAACAACCCAAGAAGGCUGAAAAGAGUGGUGAUAAUAAACAUAAGGAAGGUAAGAAAGGUGGAAAACCUGAUGCUGCUACCAUUGCAAAGCAGAGAGCUGCUAAAGCUGCCAAAAAGGCAAAGAAGGCUGAUGCCCAGCAGCAAGCUGAACAGCAUAGAGCUCCGGCUGUUCCUUCUAUGAUUGAUUUCCGAGUUGGAUUUAUUGAAAAGGCAGUUAAACACCCCGAUGCCGAUUCCUUAUAUGUGUCCACGAUUCACAUGGGUGAUGAAGAUGGUCAGCCAAGAACUGUUUGUUCUGGAUUGGUCAAGUUCAUUCCUCUGGAAGAACUACAACAGAGAUUGGUUAUCGUUGUUGCCAACUUAAAGCCCGUUAAAAUGAGAGGUAUCAAGUCAUCUGCCAUGGUGUUAUGUGCGUCAUCUCCAGACGAUAACAAGGUUGAGUUUGUAAACCCACCAGAAGGCUCCAAGGCUGGUGACAAGAUUUUCUUUGAAGGUUAUGAGGGAACUCCAGAGCAUGUUUUAACUCCAAAGAAGAAGAUAUGGGAGACUUGCCAACCUAAAUUCUCGACAAAUGAUAAAUUUGAGGUGAUCUAUAGAGAAGAAGGUAAGCCUGAUGCUAGAUUAGUCAACGGGAACGGCGAAUUGUGCAAGAAUCUCACCAUUGCAAAUGCUGUUGUCCGUUAA